AUGAAUGUUAAACUAAAUAAUUAAUGUGCAUAGCAUAAUGAACAAGCUAUUUAUUUAGAGAGAGGAAGGAUAGUGAAUCAACGGAUAUUAUAUUGCUAAAAGUGUGUUGGAAAAAAUGAAUAUCCACAUAAUUUAUUGUUGAUAAAAGAGGCUGAAGCUUUUAUUUGUAAAAAUGAAUAGAUAAUAUUAGGAGAAAGAAAAAUAACGAAUUAAAAAAAUCUUGAACUACUUCUAAAAUUAAAGGAAUAGCUGUUUUAAUUUUAAUCUUAACUAUCUUAAUCUAUAGAGUAAAUCAUUUAAGAUAUUAAUAAACAGAUUUAAGUUAUAAUUACGGCUGAUAAAAUAUUGGAAUAAAACACUAGAGAAGCUUUAUAGAGAUUUAUAUAUGAAAAUUGUGAUAUUGAUAAAAUUUUUGAAGAAUUAAUAGAUUAUAAAUCAAUCAAAAAGACAAUUGCUUGUUCGUUAAUGCCAAUCUAGAUUCUGUCUUUUGAAGAAUAAUAAUAAUAGUUUUUAAAGGAAAUACAAGUGCAAUCAAAUACAAACUCAUUAGAAUAAAUUAAAGAUUUCUUCUUUUAAGAAAAGGAGAAAUUAUUAAUUAGAAACCAAAGAUGCCAGAUUCAUGAACUUUAACUUGAUAUUGUUAAUAUUGAUUAAAAAAAUCAAUAUCGCCUAGGGUGCAUGAAAUGCGAAUUUGAUUCUAUUAUUUAAAAACAUAAUAUAGAAGACUUAAAGGGACUUUGGAAUUCAUUUUAAAGACACACAGAGAAAUAUAUAGGAUUUCAUUAAAAAGCGAAUUCCUCUUUAUUAUUAUUAAAAUAGCAUAAAAUAGCAUUGAAUUUAUUAAUAAAUUAGUUGAACUAAUUAACUGAACCAAAUGAAGAUAAAAUGGAUUAAAUUCAGAAAAAAACAUAAUAUGUAAUGCAGAAAGAUUGGUCAGAGAUGACAACUGAUGAUGUAUUAUCAAUUGCCAAAGUCGUAAACGAUAAAAAUACUCAGCUGAUUCUUGAUGACACAAUUUAAGCAGAAAUAGAAGCAAAUUAGAUACAAAUCCGUUUAUUUUGCUAAAAUUAAAUAUAAAUUACUGAUUAGAUGAAAUAUUAUUAUCAACUUACAACUUUUCAAAAUGCAACUUAAACUUAAAGUGCUCUCACAUAAAUUGAUAGUAAUUAAAAAACAUUAAUUGAUGCAAAAAUUUUGAUUUCAGGUAAUAGAUAUGAAUUAAUCAAUUCUUUUAAGGAUAGUGAAUGUAAAGCAAUUGCGUUUAGUUCUGAUUCUGCAAUUAUGAUUGCUGGAUAUUGUAAUGGUGUAAUAAAUGUUUAUGAAUUUAAGUUGGGGUUCUUAAAAUUAAUUUAGUAGCUAAAAGAGCAUAGAAAUAUGAUUACAUGUUUAAAUUUUAUGAAAAAAUCAAUGUCAUUUAUUUCUGGUAGUAAGGAUAUGUCGAUUAUUAUUUGGUUGAAAGACAAAUCAAAUUGGCAUGUAUAAUAAAAAUUAGUUGCUCAUUCAGAUUGGGUAGUAUGUAUGAUUAUAAAUAAUACUGGUAAUUUGAUAAUUAGCGGAAGCGACGAUAAAUCUAUAAAAUUUUGGGCAAAAUCCAGUUAAUGGAACCAUUCUUAGACUUUAAUAUAUCAUAGUGGACGACUGAGAAGUUUAAGCUUGAAUUAAAGUUAGAAUUAAUUGAUUUCUUGCGCAGCUUAAGAUGACCGAAUCUUUGUUAGUUAAUGUGAAAACAAUAAUACAUGGGUUUUGGUGUAAGUGAUUCAAUAAGUUGGAUACAGAAUUUGUUUUUUGAAUAAUUAAAGCUUUAGUGUUCAACCUAUGAAGAGUUAGGAGAUGCAAGUUUAUGAAUUAAAUUAGAAAAAUCAAUAAUUUUAAUUAUCAAAAUAAAUUUAAGUAAAAAGUGGUAAUGGAUGUGAUUGGUUGUUCCCUAAACAAUUCAUUAAUUCAAAAUAACUAUUGAUCAAUAAAAAUGGAUAACAUGUUAAUAUAAUUAGAUUAAGGGAUAAUGGAGAUAUGAUUACAGAAUAAUCUAUCGAUUUUGAAACCUACUUUUUGUAUGGAGCUGCCACAGAUGAUGGAGAAUUUUUGGUAACUUGGAAUGCAAAAAGUUAGGAGAUUUAGAUUAGAAAAUAUAGAGAAUGA